AUGUAAAUUACUAAAUUUUUUCGAGGUUUUAAAUAAUUGAGUUUUAGAAUCCAGCCAGAUUAAUUUAAGUAUGAGAGUAAAUAUAAUUUUUAUAAUUAUACUUUUAUUUUUUAAAUAAAUCCAAGUCAUUCAUUCAUUCAUUCAUUAAUUUGUUUACUUUAAAUUUAUAAAGAAUAAGUUUUAAAUUUGAAUUUAAAUUAUACAAUUUAAAAAUAAAUGAUCUAAGAAGAAAAUCAUUUUGACACUUUGGAAGAUCUUUUAAACUCUUCUAAAAUAUUAGUAUCUGAACUUGAUAUUGAUCUUAUAAACAAUUUUAUUGGAGAUGCUGGAGUAUCAAGUUUAUGUUCUAUUUUAAUAACUUGCAAAAAUCUUUCAAAUUUGACACUCAAUCUUUACGAUAAUUCAAUUAGUGACUAAGGAGCUUCGAAUUUAUGUUUUUCUUUAGUAAAUUGCAAGAAUCUAUCAACUUUAAAGCUACAUCUUGACUACAAUUUAAUUACUGAUGAGGGUACUUAAAACAUAGGUUCAGCUUUAUCAAACUGCUAUAAUCUUUCAAUCUUGGAAUUAUAUCUCAAAAGUAAUCAAAUAGGAGAUAAAGGGGUGUCAGAUCUAGGUUUUACAUUAUAAAAUUGCAAAAAUCUAAUAAUCCUUACUCUCUAUCUUGAAUCUAAUUUUAUAAGAGAUUAAGGAAUAACUAACUUAAGCUCUGCCUUAACUAAGUACAAAAAGCUAUAAUUUUUAACUAUGUAUCUUGAGUGGAAUAAAAUAAGUGAAGUAUAUAAAUAAAAAUUCAGAAGUAAACUCCUUAUAAUUAAUAGACUUGUUAAUCUGCAAAUAUUUAUUUGA